UAGUCAUAAGAGUUAAAAUUUUGUUGAAUCUGAAGUUUUUUUUGGUAGGAAAUUAUAGAUUUCAUUGUCAAUUUCAAGCAAGAUUGAUUCACGGUUGAUGCAUUAACGACAUUAUGUUCGAAUGAAAUGUCAUAAUAAUAAUAAAGCUUGGCAAGGCUUGUGUGCAAAUAGAUAAAAGAAUAUAACCACUACGUCGUGUUUGUCCCAGGUGAUAUCUUUAUAUAUUUAUCACUCAGGUGACCAAAGUGGAAUAAACCGUUCUAUUUUCAUAAAUUGCCGCUACUUUCAGUAAAAUGGUGGUUUGUAAAUUUUUUCAACAAGGUAACUGUCGGUAUGGGCAGAACUGCAAAUUUGAACAUAUUUACGGGUCGAAAUACAGCUAUCACGCUAGCAAUGCUCCUGCUCAAUCUCAAAGCCAGACGGGGGUAACCGACGAACAACUUGUAAACCAAGUGCAGUCGGAUAUCCAAGCUGCGCUGAAAGGAGGCCAAUGGAUUCUAUCCAGUUAUGCACCAUUUAAGGAAAAGCCUGUAUUCCCCGGGAUUUCAGAUUUGUCUCCAGAAGAAGCACGGUUGUUCAUUUAUGAGGCGAAAGCUAAAAAUAAUGUGGAUCAAGCGGUGACUUAUAUGAACAACAUGAUAAAAGAAAAUCGUAAUAAGUAUGAACAACUCUUGCAACCAACAGCGGCAAUAAUCAAAGUAUUAAGGAGCAUAUACAAAGGAGAAAUUCCAUCAUCUCCAUUCAACAACACAGCUCAAAAUACCUUCAGGAACUCUGGCAAUGCUUCAUCAAUAUUCCGUAGUGCCGCACAGAACACAUCUGUUUUUGGACAACCACAACCUACUCCGAACACUGGAAUAUUUGCCUCGGCUAACGUUUUUGGACAAGCACAAGACAAUACUGCAGCAAAAUCAAUCUUUGCACAAGCAUCGAAAAACGUUUUCAACCAAAGUCAAGCACCGAAUAGCGUUUUCGGUGCUCCAAUUGAGAAUACAACGGCAAAAUCUAUCUUCUCUCAAGCAAGUCCUAGUGUUUUUGCUGCCAGCCAACCAGUUCAAAACCAAAAUGUUUUUGGAAGUCCGAAUCAAUCUGUAUUCGGAAAGGAUCCGAAUACUUUUGGUCAGCAGAAUUCAAAUCGAUUUGUGACUGCUUUGUCAGAUCCAUUCAAACCGACAAAUCCUUCCCCGUUUACCCAGAAUGUGAUCAAAGAACAAAAUCAGGGUUUCAGUAAUGUUUUUCAGCAGCAACCUGCGGAUGAUCCGGGAGUGUACAGUAAAAUGGAGGACUUGUCCAAAGAGGAUAUUGAAGCGUUUAGUUGCGAAGAAUUCAAAUUAGGCUUCAUUCCCGAAGAUCCACCACCAAGAGAGUUAUGUUUAUAAUUUAAUUGAACCUAAAUAAUUUGGUUGUAGACAUUGUCACAGAAGAGAAAGAAAGGAAUUCAUAACUCUCAGUUUUCUUUGAGGAUUUUCUAGACUUGGUCGUUUUGAUUUUAUUUUAAACACCAUGGUGACAACCAAAUUAUAACCUGUACCUUUUAUUUAACGACAUAAGACUGUUUUGUUAAGAUGUAAUUAUUUUCUAUUCAGCUGUGAUAACUAGUAAAAAUAAUAAAUUAUAGAAAUGCCCUUUAAACAAUAGUCAUAAGUUACUGAAACACUAAAAUUGUAAAUUGUUUUAACUGUGUAAGAAAAAAAAAAUAAACUCAUGUUCCUUAUUUACAUGUAUUUUAUUAUGUGGAAUUACAAUUCAAGUCAUCAGUUUGACCAGCAACAACAGUAUUAAUGUAUAAAUGAGAAGACAGACUGACUGACUUAUCGCGGCACAAUUUGAAAUUCGCCAUAUAAGUCAUUAUGGGAUUUUUCACUUUAUGUAGUGGGAGAGGUCUGUAAGGAUCGUAGCCAGUCAUAGUACAUUCCUACCCCACUGGGAGACAGG